UGCAAUUCAUCAAUGAAUGAGUGACAGCCAGAGCAGGAUGCAUGAUCUCCUCAGCUGGUCCUUGUCUUUCAUGCAUUGCCUGUAGGGAAGCCAUCGCUUCUCCUUAUUCUGCAAGGAAAAUCAGGAUUCGAGCCCUUGGAUCACCAGGAACCGAGCAGCAGUAGGAGGCAUCUAGCUUGCAAGGCAGCAGACAUGAGAUGGAGCUGCACGAUUAUCAUGCACAGCAGGGUCUGACCAUCUGACUGCCAGCUCUGGUUAGACCCAAACCUCAAGGCACAUAUCAUGUGAGCAAAUACAACAAUGUGCCAACAAUUCGGUGUCUGGGAAGUGAUUUUUGAGGCUGCUGGAAACGUACAAUGGGCCACUCCCUGACUUGAGAUUGGGGACCUGUCUGAAGAUAGCAGAGCAGUAGGCUGGUCAGUGCUGGCAUGAAGAUGGUCUGCUGGUUCUGGAACUAGAUGACAUAGUGGUGGCCACAUUUUGUAUGUGAGUGGACGUACGGUGAUGGUGAUACCCAUCUGUGAUCUCAUUCAGGUCGACCUGCUGGAGAUGUAACCCUUGCUUCUCAUCAGAUCAUGGCAUUGGGUCUCCCUGGCCUCCCCUCCAGCAGCUCACCCUACAGGACCAGUAGGAUCAGUCAAGAUGGGGCUGAAGAGCAAACACUCAGAGGGUCCACCUAGAGAUGACAAGGGUGAGAAGAAAGGGGAUCUGGAACCCAGCUGUCUAGGGACCGGACUGGAUAAAGAUGGGACCUUGCUGCUGGUGGGAGCAGGGAAGGAGGACGUGAAGCGUAACCCACAGGGAAUUGGGCUUUUGGUUAAAACACCUCUGAACUGUACCCGACCGGUCAAGAGGAACAACGCUAAGUACAGGAGGGUGCAAACUUUAAUUUAUGAUGCUCUGGAGAGACCAAGAGGGUGGGCUCUGCUCUAUCAUGCCUUUGUGUUCCUUAUUGUCCUCGGCUGUCUGGUGUUAGCGAUCCUUACAACGUUCAAAGAAUAUGAAGAUAUUUCAGGAGACUGGCUCCUUCUUAUAGAACGAUUCGCCCUUGUCAUCUUCGGAGCAGAAUUUGCACUAAGGAUUUGGGCCGCCAGUUGCUGCUGUCGCUAUAAAGGCUGGAGGGGACGGCUGAAGUUUGCCAGAAAACCUCUCUGUAUGCUGGAUAUCUUCGUCCUGGUCGCCUCUAUUCCUGUGGUAGCUGUUGGGAAAAAUCAGGGAAAUGUGUUGGCCACAUCUCUUCGGAGUUUGCGUUUCCUACAGAUUCUGCGGAUGCUGCGAAUGGACAGGAGAGGGGGGACAUGGAAGCUCCUGGGGUCUGCCAUCUGUUCACACAGUAAGGAGCUCAUCACUGCCUGGUACAUUGGGUUCCUGACGCUGAUUCUCUCAUCAUUCCUUGUCUACUUGGUGGAAAAAGACGACCACGAGCUAAACGAGAAGGGGGAGAAGAUAGAAGAUUUUGAGACGUACGCUGACGCCCUCUGGUGGGGACUGAUCACCCUUGCAACCAUUGGCUACGGAGACAAGACCCCGAAGACCUGGGAAGGACGCCUAAUUGCAGCCACGUUCUCCUUGAUUGGUGUCUCAUUUUUUGCACUUCCUGCUGGGAUCCUCGGAUCUGGACUCGCUCUUAAGGUUCAGGAACAACAUCGACAGAAACAUUUUGAAAAGAGAAGGAAACCGGCAGCAGAGCUCAUCCAGAGCGCGUGGAGAUUUUAUGCCACUAACCUGAGCAGAAUUGACCUGACCGCCACCUGGAAGUACUAUGAGUCAAUUGUGCAGUUUCCAUAUUUCAGGAAAGAACCAUUGGAUGGCGCCCCUAGUCAAAGGUGGAGCCUGCUGGAUCGAGUACGGUUGUCCAACCCACGCGGAAGCAGCCCAAAAGCAAAAACAUUUUCCCCAUUGAACCUCGAUGGUGUAGAAGAGAGUCCCUCAAAAGAGCCCAAAAACAUUGCCCUGAGUAAUAAGGAGCGAUUCCGCACCGCAUUGAGGAUGAAAGCUUACGCAUUUUGGCAAAGCUCAGAAGAUGCUGGAACAGCUGGAGAUCCAAUGGCUGAAGCUGGUUAUAGUAAUGAGUUCCUGGUAGAAGAUUUAAUCCCUACGAUAAAAGUGGCUAUCCAUGCUUCUAGAAUACUACAAUUCCUUUUACGUAAAAAAAAAUUUAAGGAGACGCUGAGGCCUUAUGAUGUCAAAGACGUUAUAGAGCAAUAUUCUGCAGGCCAUUUGGACAUGCUGGCCAGGAUUAAAUAUCUCCAGUCAAGAAUAGACAUGGUCUUUGCUCCAGGUCCUCUUUCUACACCCAAACAUAAGAAGUCCCAGAAAGGAAUGGGUGGUCCAGGAGGAUACGGCUAUCCAUCCCAACAGUCUCCAAGGCAUGAUUCCUAUGGGUCCAAAGCUUCAGAUUUUGAAGACCAAAGCAUGAUGGGAAAAUUUGUGAAAGUAGAAAGACAGGUCCAGGAUAUGGAAAAGAAAUUAGACUUUUUGGUUGAUAUGCAUAUGCAGCAUAUGGACCAGCUACAGGUCCAGGUAACAGAGUACUACCCACUUAGAGAGUCCCAAGUAGAAGAAGAGGGAGAAGAGAGCAGAUAUUCCGAACUUGGUAGGGUUGUUUAUAACUAUACAGAAUCCUGCACCCAUGCAAAUCCCUACAACAUGCAUCAAGUUUCUUUUAAUAAAUUGGAUCAGUAUGGGUUCUUCGAGAACUACCCUGUGGAAUUUACCGCACCCAUGCCUUUUAAUGGUGACCACUGUUCCAGAAGGAGCAUGACCUCCUCGCCCAAUUAUACAGAAAGGCCAACAGAUUUACCUAUUCAGACUUUGAUAGACACUCGGGUCGACUAUCGUCAUGAAAGAGACAUCUCAAGCCCGUAUGCUGAGAGGGUCUCCCCUAUACAUAGAAGAAGUUUUACAAGAGAUAGCGACACUCCCCUGUCUCUUCUCUCGGUCAACCACGAUGAACUUCAGAGGUCUCCUAGUGGUUUCAGUAUUUCCCAAGAAAAAGAAGACUUUAAUUUUGGCCCCAAUGGCUCCACGUGGAUGAGAGAUAAACGUUACUUAGCGGAAGGUGAAACGGAUACAGAUACGGACCCGUUCACACCUAGUGGCCCCAUGACCUUGUCGUCAACGGGAGACGGUUUUUCAGAUUCGGCAUGGACACCUUCGAAACCUGUAUAAAUCCACGUGGCCCGGGAGGACACUGACCUUUUUCGUACAAUGUACUACAUCUUUGUAUAAGUCACUAUACACUUUUUAAAGCUGAAUCGUUGAGAAGAGGAAGAACACCAUCAAUGGCUAAAUAUGAUGCAUGUUUAACUUUGUAGCCAUGGCAUCAUCUCACAUAAAAUUCUAUCACUUUUCUUUUGUUUCUCUUCACGACAAAUGAGACAGCCUUUAGA